CGCAUCGGUGUACACACCGGCUACGCGACGGCCGGUGUUGUAGGAAUGACAAUGCCUCGCUACUGUCUCUUUGGGAAUACAGUCACCCUGGCAAACAAGACGGAGAGCCUGUCCAAGCCAUCCAGAGUAAACCUCACCGAGGUGGCUAGGAGCCACCUGACGAAGAAAGAUUACGUGUUCGAGGACAACCUGGACGUGGGUGACUUCCCUCUUCGUUGUUACUUGGUGGACAUGGCGUCGAGGCCGGGCACAGAUGCACAGACCCCGGCUGCUGGACAACAGCCGGCCGACGACAGCAUGCUGCUUUCUCCCUCCUCCUCUCCCGUGCGCCGCGCGUCUGCCGUCCCGUCGCCGUGCUUAGAAGCGGACGAGAUUGGCAUGUUUAUGAACAGUGUACCUUCUAAAACUCCUGAGCCAGCAGCAGCAACAGUGGCCAACGCCAAGAAGAACAAUGCUGAACCGUUGUUCAAAGCUAGAAAAAACAACAUCGCUUCCUGUCCACUCAUGACUGAAACUACAGAUGAAAAGCGCGCCACUAUCGCACAGAGCGCCGCAUCCGCGCCGCCAGUGACGACCACAGCAGAAAUCGUCAACGUACUCGAAAACGCAUUUGCCGAUGCCAUACCCAAUAGCGCCGAUAGCCACGACCCACUACACGUUAGCAAAGGCGACCACGAACCGGCCACCAAAGGGACUGGCAGUGGGAAGUCUUCGUUCCUGGGUAUCAGAUGGAAGCUGUCUCAGUCCAACAAGAUGAAGAAACACAAGAGCGCCGACUCCACUCACUCUGCAUCUUCGCACCCAGACGAUCAAGAAGAGUUGGGCGGCGAAUGCGGAGGAGGUACGGGAGGAAGUGGAGCGACCGUGCGCUUCAUGGAGAGCCCCGAGCCGAAAUCAGGCCGGUUGCAAUGUCCCUUCUUCCGGUUCCGGGCUAAAAACGUAGGAAUCGAGGAAGGCUUCGCUCAGGCGGGCAGCGGGAAGAGUGCGCCCGUGGCCCUGGCGGCUACUGGCACUGGGGCGGGGAUUGCAAGUGGACAAACGGAAGCUACCCCGCCCAGAAGAUCUGACACCCGCAAGAAAGACAAGUUCUGGUCUCGGGUCAUUUUUCCUUCCUGAAGGCAAAGACUGCACCACACCAGUGUCCUAUGUCCUUUGGUGAACGAUACGGCAAGACCACAAGGCAUUCCUUGAAGCUCGUGACACCCUAUAGCCUAUGCCAGCCCCAACGAGCACCGGCCUGUUUUUUUGCAAGAAACACACGGACACUCACACCAAGAGGGAAUGCACUAUUUUGGGCUUUUAUAUAUAUAUACCUAUAAUAUAGUCGCACUGUGUUAGAGGGAAGCAUCAGCGGGACCUCUCCCCGAGAUUCCAGGGACGUGAGCCCACACGACGCAUGAGCACCGACGGUUUCAAAACAAGACGGCAGUGAGCGAAGAAGCCGACGUAGCUACUUCGCUCAUCUUUAAUAGACUUUUUCGUUUUCUUGUCCCCCAUCUGCUUCAUCCUUCGAAGUCACCUUGCUACCUGAAAGCCUGUAAGAAAACGCGACUCCCACAGUGUUCACAUUUUAUUUCCUAAGCUUGCGCUCAAAUAAAAA